AACCUUCUUCAUCUUCGUCAUCCUCCUUGGCUUGAAGCCUUAAACCCUCGUCUCGUUGAAGAAGAUGAAGGUUUCGAGCUUCAAUUCCAUAAUGAAAUUCUUCGGCAACCAUUUUUGUUCCUCGAGAACGAGAAGCUUGUUGAGCGUCUCUUAUUACUACAACUACUCAACAUCCCCGAGAAGUUCCUGGAAACAACCGGUGGAUGCUCUGUACCGUAAGAUUUCCCCAAUGGGAGAUCCAAAGGUCUCCAUCGUCCCAGUUCUCGAUAAGUGGGUCCAGGAUGGCCAAUAUGUUAGCAAAGCUGGUCUCCUCGAUAUCAUCAAAGAGCUCAGGCAUUACGGACGCUAUGGCCACGCUCUUGAGAUAUCUAUGUGGAUGACCGACAAAAGAUAUUAUCCACUUUCAUACGGUCAUGUUGCCAUUCGACUGGAUCUGAUCUCAAAAGUUCAUGGGAUAGAACAAGCUGAAAAUUAUUUUAACAGUGUUCCAAGACAAUUAAAAUCCCUUGAGGUUUACGGUGCUCUCCUCAAUUGUUAUGCUCGUGCAGAACUAGUGGAAAAAGCGGAGGCUGUUAUGCAGCAGAUGAGGGAUAUGGGGUUGGCAAGGUCAAUACUAUCUUAUAAUACUUUGCUUAAUCUAUAUUAUAAAACUGGAGGUUAUGAAAAAAUGGAAAAUCUCUUGCAUGAGAUGGAAGAGAAGGGUAUUGACAAUGACAAAAUUACGUAUGCCAUUCAGAUCAGUGCAUAUGCAGCUAAUUCUGAUGUGGAUGGAAUUAACAAGAUUCUGACAAAGAUGGAAACUAAUCCUGAAGUUUUGGAUUGGGCUACUUAUUCAACUGCAGCUAAUGGAUUUAUAAAAGCUGGUCUUGUGGACAAAGCUUUGUUAAUGUUGAAGAAAUCAGAGGAAAUGAUAUCAACUGCAAAUAAAAAGCCUGCAGCCUUUGAGUUCAUUCUCACGCAAUACGCUGCAAUAGGGAAGAAAGAUGAAGUGCUAAGAUUAUGGGAACUUUUCAAUAAGCAGCUGAGGGUGUUUAAUCGGGGUUAUAUGAGCAUGAUAACCUCUCUAUUGAAGUUUGAUGACAUUGAAAGUGCAGAGAAAAUCUUUGAGGAGUGGGAAUCCAGGAAUUUAAACUAUGAUAUCCGCAUUCCAAACUUUUUAAUCCGUGCUUAUUGCAGAAAAGGUCUUUUCGAAAAGGCUGAAUCCCUUCUUACCCGGGUGAUAGAAAAGGGGGGAAAACCAGAUGAAAAGACAUGGCGUUAUUUGGCAUCGGGGUAUUUUAAACAUAAUCAAAUGUGGAAGGCUGUUGAAGCUACAAAACAAGAAAUUUCUGUUGCCAGGUCAUUUUGGAGGCCGAGCAAAUAUUAUUUGGCCGUUUCUUUAGAUUAUUUGAAAGGAAAAGGAGAUUUGGAGGGAGCAGAGGAAAUUAUUAGACUAGUUAGGGAUAAGGGUUUUGUAUCUUGGGAUAUUCAGGAGAAAGUGCUGGAUUAUAUUAAAGAUGGGGAGUCGAACUCACCAUUACCAUUUGGACUUUUAGCAAAAGCUCUGGAUGGAGAUGAAGAACCUUCCAAACUUUUAGCAGUCGAGGAGGAAGGUGGCUAAAGUAGAGCAUGUUGAAACAAAUGCCUGAUUCUUUAUAAACACUUGGGAAGUGUAAGUCAAUAGUGGAACUUUUGAGUGACAUCAUCCACCAAUAUGAAGCUUGAUAUAUUUGUCCGUGAGGUUAGUAUGCAACCAACUUUAAUCUUGGGCCCUCAAAUAUCUGCCUAAUUUUCAUUUCCAUAUCAUGUUAUUAAUGUGAGUUUACCAUAAAAACUCUUGAAUAUUUCAUUUUUCUCCAUUCAUGGAAAUCUUGCAAUUAACUUCCAAUGACCUUUUGGUUAAAGACUGUUACUUCCAUCAAAUCUGUGCCAAAUUUUUGUUCUCUGUGACAAUCCUCACGAAGAAUACAAAAGAGAAGACGUGAGUAAAACAGAAUGGGAAGGAAGUUAUGAAAUAAUCUGAGCAAGAACGUCAAAAAGAGAUGAAAGAAUUCGAUCUGUCAUAAAAUGAACUCGAUGUAACAACUAAAUUUUCUCAUCGCUCUGCACAAUUCCUCAUUCUUGAUAAAAUUACUUCUACUGUUAUUAUGUGAUUUUUGGGUGUUUAUAAUGUGUUGCAAAUGUGCUAUUGCCUUCAGUAGUGGAAACAUUGUCAAUUUGAUUGCUUGAUUUUUAUGGGAAUUGUGUGAUUUAAAGAAAAUGACGCUGCAUUGAGUGUGACCCUACUCCUUGAGA